AUGUCUAUCAACUGGGUGAUGCUCCAUGACCAGGAAGGCUUUGUCCGCCUUCCCAACGAACGCUUGAUAUACACCUCCCCUCCGCGCACCACCCUCGCGCUAACACCACCAUCCGGCUACAAAGGUCCGGAGACCUUGUCUUUCCAGAGUAGCGCCGGUUGUAUCUACCUGACCAACCAAAGGGUUGUCUACCUUCCUUCCCAAACAUCCGCCAGUUUCCAAUCAUUUUCAUCCCCUUUACUCAACGUCUGCGACUCUCACGUUUCUGCCCCAUUCUUCGGUCCUAAUGUCUGGACUGCACUUGUAAAACCCGUCGCGGGAGGAGGCAUCUCCCCAUCCCUUCCGGCUAUCCAGCUCAAAGUAACCUUCAAAGAGGGCGGUGCAUUCGACUUUCACACCAACUUUGAGCGCAUCAGGGAACGGUUAGAGCAAGUGGUGGAAAACACAGGCGAGGGUGCUCGUGGACUACGAGGCGUGGAUCUUGCUGGGGUGCAUUUAGAGGAGCUGCCAGCCUACGAGGGCCCGGGUUCGAACAAUCCUCACGAACCUCCCACUCCCACCGCCACAUCCAACCCACCGGCGAAUAACCAACGAGCGUCAGUUAUUGGACCCGAGCCCAUGGAGCCUCCACCAGGAUAUGAAGAAGUCCAACAACAGAGUGUGGCCGAUGCAUUGGAGGAGCGUUUGCGACGAGACAGUUGA